AUGGAUCAAAAAUUUGGUAUUAAAACGAGAAAAGAAGAUAAUUUUACAGAAUGGUUUUUAAAUGUAGUAAAGUACUCAGAAUUGAUAGAUUAUCAUGAUAUAAGAGGUUGUUAUAUUAUGAGGCCGGCAUCUAUGUAUAUUUGGAAUUUAAUUAAAGAAUCUUUUGAUAAUAAAAUCAAAGAACUUGGUGUUGAUGAAUGUUACUUUCCAAUGUUAGUCAGUAAGUCACACUUAGAGAAAGAAAAAGAACAUCUUGAAUCAUUUGAUCCAGAAUUAGCAUGGAUCACUAAGUGUGGAAAUUCUGAAUUACAAAAUCCAGUUGCUAUUAGACCUACAUCAGAAACUAUCAUCUACCCGUUUUUUGCCAAGUGGUUAAAAACUCAUAGAGAUUUACCAUUGAAAAUAAACCAGUGGUGUAAUGUGUUAAGAUGGGAAGUUAAAAGUACAUUGCCAUUUAUAAGAGGUAGAGAGUUUUUGUGGCAGGAAGGUCAUACUGCUCACUACACUAAAAAGUCAGCUGAAGAGGAAGUAAGAGAAAUUCUUGAGACAUACAGAAAAAUUUAUGAAGAUUUAUUAGCUGUGCCUGUUAUUGCAGGUGUUAAGUCAAAAGAAGAAACUUUUGGUGGUGCUGAGUAUACAUUGAGUGUCGAGGCAUUUAUUCCUGGAACAGGUAAAGGUGUACAGGGAGCUACCGCUCAUCAUUUAGGACAAAAUUUUUCUAAAAUGUUUGAUAUUAAAGUUAGUGAUGACGUAGCUUCUGAGACUUUUAGUUAUGUAUAUCAAAAUUGUUGGGGUAUUUCAACUAGAUCAAUUGGUGUGCUUACAAUGUUACAUUCUGAUAAUAAAGGAUUUGUUUCUCCACCUAGAGUAGCACAUACACAGCUCAUGAUAAUUCCAUGUGGAAUUACUAAGAGUAAAACAGAGGAUGAAAAGAAAAAUUUGUAUGAGUAUAUUGAAAAAGUUAAAUUUUCUUUAAACGAAUUUAGAGUUAAAACUGAUUUAAGAGAUAAUGUUACACCAGGCAAUAAAUUUAAUAACUGCGAACUUAAAGGUAUUCCAUUGAGAAUUGAUGUUGGGUUUAAAGAUUUAAAAAAUAACGAAGUUUGUUUAGUUAGAAGGGACACUUGUAAGAAAAUUCAAAUUAACUUUAAUAACAUAAAAGAUGUAGUAACUAAUGAAAUAAACAACAUGCACAAUGAUUUGUUUAAUAAAGCAAAAUCUGAUUUGGAAAGUCGGUUAGUUUAUUUAGAAGAUUUUGAUAAAAUACUUGAUGUUUUAAAUAAAAAGAAUAUUAUUAAAGCACCAUGGUGUAAUGAGACAGAGUGUGAAAUUAGUAUUAAAGAAAGAACUACAAUUAGAGAAGGUGAUUUAAUUAUUACACAGGGAGCUAAAACACUUUGUAUCCCUUUUGAUCAAAGUCCGAAUUUAAUAGAAAACUCAUCAAGUGAUAAAGUAUGUAAAUGUAUUGGAUGUGAUAGGAAAGCUAAAUGUUAUGUAAUAUUCGGUAGAAGUUAUUAA